AUGGAAUCCCAGGGGGAUCCCCAAAGCCCUGGCCCCGUCGAUCUCCCCAAUGGCAAGCGACGUUGGCGCCGAAAUCGAGUGGCCUGCGAUUCCUGCCAUACUCGUCGGGUCCGAUGCGACCGAGCCUUUCCCUGCUCGCGAUGUCUACGAAGUGACAUUCAUUGUGAAUUCACCCGCGAGCGUCGCAAACGAGGGCGCAUUGCCCGCUCCAAGUUGACCUUGAACGGCUCUAUGGAUCCCGCCAAUUUGAACUACGAUGAUCAGGAUGAGGAUGAGGAUGAGGAUCCUGAUCCUCAUCCGCAAAAUCCCUCGGCUCGCAAACCCUCCACCUCCAACGGUGACCAGAAAGUCUCCCAGUCCGCCCUCUCUCCAUUACAGCAGAGCUCCUUGUCGCCAGAAUCCGCCUUCCCACGGCGAUCGCCAGGAAUUGCUUCCAAUCACCUCAGUCUGUCUGCGCCGAGCAUCGAGGAAGACUCGCGCUCGCACCCACGUUUGCGCCCACACCCGCGACCAGAGACCGAGGCCAAUGCGACGGAGGAGUGGUUGUCUGGCGCACACCUCUCGCCCGAGUCUUAUGAUAUCUUAGGAGGCGUACAUGGUAAUGAUGGACCACUGCCGCGAUUAUACGAUAUCUGGAACCCAGUCGACCUCGGCGGCCAUCGCUCUCACUCUCACCCUCAAUCUCAUCCUCGACAACACCACCACCACCAACACCAACAUCAUGCACCCCAGCGCCCUCAGCGAUUACCGUCCAUCUCCGCACAAACUCACUCCCAGUCCGGCCAGGGAGCGCCCUCAGCCUCACGAUCAAGUUUGAAAUACCCCGUGCUCGAACCCAUAAUGCCGUUCCUCGAAUCCAGUCUGCCCCGCCGGCUCGUGUGCGAUUUGUUGGAACUAUAUUUCACCUCCGCUUUCUCGACACACAUGCACCCCGUGUGUCACCACAUCCACUGCUAUGUCCUACGCAAACCAUCUUUCCUGAGCACCGACCGACCGCGACCGAGCAGCCCCGCAUUGUUGGCGAGUAUGCUGUGGGUGGCCGCCGUAGAUGAUCGCGCAUUCUCCCUCUCCAUUUCACCACUACAACGUCGCAAAAUCUGUCAAUUCCUCUGUGCUUUGACGAUUCGUCUCCUCCGACCAUUAAUUCAUGUCUCAUUCAAGGACCAGGAACCACCGGAGAACCCAAAUGUCCCGCAGGAAUUGCCGACCGCCGCGGUACACCACCCGUUUGAAGGAGUGGGCGAUGAUAAAGGGUUGGUUGGGCCGGCCGGAUCUCUUGACGACGUGAUUACAUAUAUCCAUGUUGCAUCGAUUAUUUCAUCGAGUGAACAGAAAGCGGCGAGUAUGCGGUGGUGGCAUGCGGCCUUCACUCUCGCUAGAGAACUCAAGCUUAAUCAGGAGAUGGAAGUCAUGUCGAACAUGGAUAGUCAAAGUGAUGGGUCAAGCCCGUCCUUUGGCUACCCCCUCGCAGCGUGGGCGAGUUCCCCCGGCGGUGCCGCAUUCGACUAUUCGAAUCCAUCUCGACCGAGCUUAAACUGCGUCUGUGAGGAAAAGCACGACCCGCACAGCAAUGCUGUAAUCACCGAAGAACAUCGUGAAGAGCGGCGUCGUACAUGGUGGCUAUUGUAUAUCAUGGACCGACAUCUGGCAUUAUGCUACAACCGGCCACUCGCCCUCCUCGACGCCGAGUCGGAGGAUCUACUCCUCCCGCUAGACGAGGGGUCGUGGCAGGCUGGAAAUAUCCACAGUAACAGCCCGCGCACCGAUGGCCCCCAGUGUAUUCGAUCCGGGGAUCGAAAUAAGAGACGCGUUUUCCCCAACUUCAUCUGCCACGAUCACUCGAUUCUCGGGUUCUUCCUUCCACUAAUGACCAUCACGGGGGAACUGAUCGAUUUGAACCAAGCGCGCAACCACCCAACACUCGGCCUCCGCCUUCAAGGCAAAGAGGCAUGGGAGGUGCAUGUGGCGGAGGUCCUCCGACAAUUGGAGGUCUACAAAGCCAGUCUGACGACCUUUGCUGCAACCACGGCGGCACCUGAUCCCGAAGGCGAUCAGCAAUCGGGAGACGGGGGAUCAUUGUCGCAGGCUUAUUCCUGGCACACGCAGACCGUGAUCGCAUAUUCCUCCUACCUGGUGCAUGUCCUACAUAUCCUGUUGGUGGGUAAAUGGGAUCCGGUCAGCUUAAUCGAGGACAAGGAUUUCUGGACCUCCUCGCCGGCGUUUGCCUCGACGAUUUCGCACGCAUUGGAAGCGGCGGACUCGGUGCAGCAGAUUUUGCGGUUCGACCCGGAUAUCAGCUUCAUGCCGUACUUUUUCGGGAUUCAGCUGUUGCAGGGGAGUUUCCUGUUACUGCUCAUUGUGGAGCGAUUGCAGAAGGAAGCCGGGGAGGGAAUCCUGAAUGCGUGUGAGACGAUGAUUCGGGCGACGGAGUCGUGUGUGGUCACGUUGAACACGGAGUAUCAGCGCAGUUUCCGGCAGGUCAUGCGCAGUGCGGUGGCGCAGGCUCGGGGCCGACCGGUGAAUCCUAGUGAGAUUCGACAUCGUCGGAAGGCGGUUUUGGCGUUGUACCGGUGGACGCGGAAGGGGACUGGACUUGCUCUUUAG